GUUUGCGAAGUGAUAGCCAGGGCAUGCAGCUCUGAAAUGCCCUGCUUUUGGCAUCAGGUGAUGGGAGACCCCCAGCCGCACCUGGUGGCACCUCAACCCCUCUUUCGUCAACGUUGCUAGGGUCUUUGUGAAAGCUGACCUUGUUCCCUUCAUUCUUGCAUUUAUUCGAGCUUCUGGACACCAGUUUCCUGUUCAACUGACCACCCUAGCCUUUGCUUGAAAUGAUGGCAGCACGACCUCUACUGCUUGGCCUAGCUUCAGCAGCCCGGUCCGGGGCUCUGGGUCUCCCCUUUCGGGCCGCAGCUGCACCCCAACGGGCCUUUCAACAAUCUACAGCAAACCUCAGACCCACGGCGGCGACUUCGAGCCCUUCAGGAGCGACCCCUCUGAAUAGCCAGACGCCACCUCCGGGCACUGUGCCCCCUCAAGCCGAAGUGUUUGCAGACAACAAGCACGCUGCAUUCCUGGGUGAAGCUGAUAGCAAUGAAGGGCACGAUGCCGUUCGAGAGGCUCAUGGGGCACCUCAACCUGCCCUCGAAGCGGAAAAUUCGGCAUUCUUGGGUGAGGCGGACUCGGAUGAUCACUUCGAGGUGCGCAAGACUAUAGAAGGAGACAGCGUUCCCCCUUUGGAUGCAAACAACGCAGCCUUCCUGGGCGAGGCCGACAGUGACGACGGGUUUGAGGCACGAAGAGCCGCCGAGGGGGACAAGCAAGAAAGCCUGGACGCCAGGAACGCUGCAUUUCUUGGUGAAGCUGAUAGCGAUGAUGCACACGAGGCUGAUUUUGAUAUCCAUCCUGAGAGACAUCGUCACAACAUCGAAGAUACCAGUGUUAGUGGUUUGCAUGGGCAACAGGGAGAACAAGAUCAGUGAGCAAGUAGCUGGAAGGGCCACCGCUAGUGGAUGUUCCCCUUAUGUACUUGGCGAGCGGCCCAAUUUCAAGGAAGCAAUUGUG